AUGGCCUCCAAGGUCACAGAGAAAGCACUUGGACAACAGAAAAAGGAUCGAGAAUGCGUGUCCACUCAGACGAUGCGUCGACACGCUGAGACCUUCGCCCAGGCACUUUUAAGGAACCGCAAGGAGGCUCCUCGACGACCAAUCAUCUUCAUAGCUUACGAUUUAGGAGGCAUAAUCCUCAAAUGGGCCCUGGUAAUCUGCCACAACCAGAGGUUGGAUUCGAAAUGCGAUCUCCGGGAUAUUCUCAUAUCCACUCAUGCAAUCUUAUUCUUUGGGACCCCACAUUUCGGCAUCGAGGACGCCGCCCUGCUCCAAGCAAUCAAUCGACUAGCUUCGUUGUACAUGAAAACGACGAGUGACGUCCUCAAAGAUCUGAAAUCGCAGUCAUUCGAACUGGAGAAUGUUCAGAGUCUAUAUGUCGCCGCGAGCGAGAAGAUCAACUGCAUAUUCUUCUGUGAAGAGUACGCGAUGUCCGGGAUACCGAAUCCGGAGGCUUUGAAUGUACAGUAUCCUCACGCCACAAUCCCCGGCGACCGCAACGCGAGAACGAUCACCCUCAGUUCCAAUCACGGUGAACUGGUCAAAUUUCCAGUGAAAUCCAACGUGAACUAUGAGGCAGUUGUGUACUAUUUGAAAGACAAUGUCACCACUGCAUCCGCCGGAGUGAAGGAGAAGUGGGUGAUAGAAGACGGCUGUCGAAGCGCUGCCAAGGGAGAACUCAUUUCCCAUGCGAUCAUGCUGCCAAAACGACGGCCACCGGUCUCAAAGUACUAUGUCGAAAGAGUUGAAAUCGAAGCUCUUAUGACGGAAAAGCUACUCCCGGGUGGUCCUGUGCAGCAUCAACCAAGAUGCAUAUUGCACGGACCACAAGGAGCCGGGAAAACUCAGCUUGCAGCGAAAUGGACAAGAGACCACGAGAAAAGCUUCACCCGAGUGAUUGUCGUCGAUGCCUCCAGUCAAGUGCAGCUGGAAGCUGACCUGGAACGUUCGAUUCGUUCGUUGGGUCCUGAAUUUAGCAAGAUGACCUGGGAAGAUGCAGUUGCAUACCUGGAUGAUAAUGAGAAAGGAUGGCUGCUCUUCAUUGACAAUGCAGACUCGCCAGACCUCAAGCUUGAUCCCUACCUUCCAAAUUCUGUUCAUGGGACAAUGAUCAUUGCGACUCGAAACCGUGGAUAUAUCGUCCACGCACCAAACGGCUUAGUCUCUGUUGGUGGCCUCGAGGAGGGUGAAGCCGUGAAACUCCUGCACGCAAUCGCCAAUAUUGCGCCUAAGUCCGACGCCCAAUCUCUGGAAAUUGUGAGAGAACUGGGAAUGCUGGUGUUGGCGAUCACUCAAGCUGGAGCAUGUAUCCGAAUUACACAGCGUCUAGACACUUACUUAGACGCCUUUCACAAACAAAGGGCGCACAUCACGGGCGUCGAGUCUGCUGUUGACACAGAUUGUGCAUUCUCGACACGUACCGCGUUCGACCUGUCCUUCCAGCACCUACCGACGAAGACACAGGAAUUCAUGAAAUUAUGCGCAUUCCUCAACCCCUCCCACAUUCCAUUCGCUCUCUUUGAGCAGUCUAGUAGCUCUCAUUUUACCGCAAAAACGGUCUUGGAGAGUUAUCCCCCUCAGCAGAGCGACAGAAUCUUUAUAUCAGAUCUGGAGGAGAUUCUAGGGCGGACAUGGGACGAGAUUGCGUUCCGUAUGAUCGUAGAAUCGGCCUCCCGGGCGUCGUUCAUCAAUGUGUCCACUGAUGGCCUAUUCUACACUAUCCACCCGGCGAUUCAGGGUUAUAUCAAGGACAGUUUUGGAGAGGAGGAAAUAAUGAAGUAUACACGUGCUGCAGCACAACUUCUACUUGGCGCAAUGCGGUCGUUUGAGAGUACUACUGCGCAGCGAUGGCAACUACUCCCGCAUAUUAACUGCAUCCCUCGAUCCGUGCAGUCGGAGAAUGUUGCCCACGCGUUGGCGUUCCAUGACUUCUACGACUCCUUGGGAGAUUGGAAGGCGUGCCAAGAUUUAUUGAGGCCAGUGUUUUCCAAAGUUCUAGGGACUCGAGGCCAAAGGAACGAAAUCUCAAUAUGGUUAAUGGAGAAUCUGGCCCAUACACUAUCCAAGCUUGGCUAUUUGCACGAGGCGGAGAAUAUGCAGCGAGAUGUAUUCUCUCUACGGCUUCAAAUGCGUGGAAUACAGGAUCCAGAUACCGCAAAAGCAAUGAAUAACCUCGCAGAUACUCUGCAUCAGCUUGGGCAGUUAGAAGAAGCGGAGAAGAUGAAGCGCGAUGUACUCGCUCUACGGCUCAAGGUCCUCGGACCGAGGCAUCUUGAUACUAUUACCACAAUGGAUAGUCUCGCAAGUACAUUAGACAAGUGUGGCCGGUUGCAGGAGGCGGAAGAAAUGAGGCAUGCUGUACUCGCUCUACGA